AUGGCUGAGAGAGUAGAUCUCGUACGAAAUGCACACCACGGUGUAGAGCACAGCCAGGAAAGACCGCGGCUUACCAUUCGACAGCUUAGGGAAGCUGCUCAGAAGGAGACUCUGGCAAAAGAGUUAGCCAAAGCGAGCCAGAAAGCACCUGGGAGCCAAACAAAAGAAGCUGCUGCUGCUGCGACGGCACCACAGAAGAAGAAGCAGUCGAUCUUUGGCGGGCUCUUUCAGGUCCGGGAGCCGACGUCCGUCGCCCUGAACCAAGUCGCCGCUCAGAUGAUUGCCCAGCAUGGGUCAACGAGUGCCACUAAAGUUCCCAAUGUCAGACUGGAGAAGAUGCCAGACUUUGUGCCAAAGGUCAACUCGAAGUGGGAUGGCAUACCGGAGAGCGUAAAGCAAAGGGAGAAGAAAGAGAAAGAGAAAGAGAAGCAGAACGCCAAGGCAGAGUCAUUCUUCAGCGCAGACUCCAAGGCCGGCGACUCUUCUGAAAGACGACGUGGGAAUAGUCGGAACUCCAGCUCGACUACUGGUUCCUCCUUCGGCGGUUUUGCCAACUCCAGUGGCUCGCAAAGCGGAUCUUCUCGCACUCGAUUCUACGCCCAAUCGUUCAAUUCGUCUGGCGAUCUGGUAUCACAACAGAGAACUGACGCCUCAGUCUUUUCCCGUUCCCCUCCAUCCCAGCCAGCUGGUGAUAGCAUUCCUGAAGAGCCUUUCCAGCUGAGGCACCAGCAGAGCUCAGCUGGCAUGGGGCACCACCCUGGCCCUCGAAACGAUAUCGGACUGGAUACUCCGAAGCCAUUCGCAACGACCCGAUCGCGGACUAUUCGACCUAGGUCAACGAAAUCAUGUGCGAGUGACACCAGCGGGCCACCGAGGCCUUCAGCUAUGGAUAAAUCCCUCGAACAUCAACGAAACCCUGCGGACGAGGCGCUCGCUUGGGAGUCAAUCGACUGGGCACAAGCUGCAAGAUCUUAUGCUGCCCCUAUUGUCCGAUCCAUUUCGCAGCAGGCAGCUUCGCCGGCAAGUUCUCAGGAUCGUUAUUUGGCCACCACUUCGCAACAACAGGCACCCGGAUUGAAGCCAGGCAUCAACGAGCUCAGUCUUCAUGCGGUAUUAUCGGAGGGUCCUGACGAGGCCGGGUUGUCGGUUGUAAGGAAGAAGAUUUCGCAUACACGAAUCACCGACUCCCAUGCCUUUUUAGCCGGAGAAGCCCAAGAGCUGGUUUUGGUGGAAGAAAGAAGCGGCUAUCACAAGGCUGGUUCAUCCCCAGCGGAUCGAGCUUCGGCCCCAGCGACGGUGGACGGUGGACGACCUCGAGUACAGCAAGAUUUGGAGAAACGGCCCGACAGUUCUCGGGAACGACUCGGUCUGCGAGCAAGCAUGCUUUUCGCAGACGAGAUUACCCCUUGGGAGAAGGCAGAGCAGGCACAACUACCACCGCCGAGUCCGAAGCCCGAACACCAAGCACCGAACACAUCGAAAAGAUUUCACAAAUCUUUCGGCAAGCUCGGCAAAUAG